AUCGUGGUAAAGUCAUUGGUGGUUUGCCUGAUGUUGUUACUAUAAUGGAUGGGAAGACUCUGAAUCUGACCUGUACUGUGUUUGGAAACCCUGACCCAGAAGUGGUUUGGUUCAAGAAUGACAAGACUCUCGAACUUAAUGAGCACUAUUUGGUUUCACUGGAACAAGGAAAAUAUGCCAGUUUGACAAUCAAGGGAGUGACCUCAGAAGAUUCGGGCAAAUAUAGCAUUUAUGUCAAGAACAAAUAUGGUGGGGAAACUGUAGAUGUCACUGUAAGUGUAUACAGACAUGGUGAAAAAAUACCUGAAGUUAAACAAGGCCAGCUUGCAAAACCUAGACUAAUACCACCAUCUAGUUCUACCUAGAACCCAGGGGCAAGAUAAAAUCCAAUAAGUAAAGCCUGUAACUAUGUUUGAUGAACAAAGUAGUAUAUGUGAGCUGUAGCUGAGGUAUUCCCACAGAUAACUAAUUGGUACUCUCCAAAUGGAAACUGAGCUUUUAGAAGUUUGCUUUAGGGUGGUAGCUGUGCUACAGCGCUGUACACAUGUGCACUGAAAUCAUUAUCAAAACGUGUAAUAGUGUAGUACUUCUAAAUAGCAAAAAGCCAAAUGCCUGCCAGAAGUUCCUGUGGGCAAUGGCAGAUUGCGUAAGACUACAGUAAACCUCCAUUUCUACACCUCCAGCAAAACCCAUCGAGCACCCUCUUGAGAAAAUUGAGAACAAAUGUUUCAUCAAUGAAGGUAGUGAACUGUAGUUACAUGCUCAGAAAUGGUUCCCGCUCUGUUACACACACAGUCCCUUUGGGUUUGAAGCCUCUGAUUGCAUAACUUUAGUGGAUAGUCUCUAUUUAGUAAUUAUAUUGUUAUUUUAUAGUGUGAAUUUUUCUUUAGUAGAGCUCAGUAGUUUUACAGAUGUUUACUGUUUGCUCAUUGAAGCAUAGGUUACAUGGUUAUAUUUUGUUUUUCUUGCACUGUGCAAAUAAAACUUUGAAAGUCACCUUUGCUACUCACUGCUCCAAAUCACACCUAAGUAGUUUUGUUUACUCUCUUUCGUUGUUUAAUUAUUGCUUAUUGCACAAUUUCACAGCUGGUAGCAUGCAGACAAUCAACUUUCAAUAAAUGCAAAUUAUGGUUAAUCACAGUCAA